AUGGCCACGAACCCAUCCCCAUUUCUAGAUCCCGGUACCCAUGCAUCUACGAACAAUCUCGGCAUCCUACAAUUGCGACGCGACCAAUUGAUCCCAGCCGUCCUCACACUAGAAACCACCCCGGAUUACGCAGAGGGCAAGGUCGAAAACACCCGUUUCGGAUCAUUCCCGCACAGCACACUCGUGGGCCAGCCAUGGGGUACACAAAUCUUAGCAUCAGUGGUCGACACUGGAUCGCGAGGAAAAUCGAAAAAGAGGAAGCGGGACGGCAAAGAUGAGGCAGAGACACCAGGAUCGGACGCGAAAGAGGCCAAGAAGGACAUCGUGAAGGCUGCAGCGGCAAGCAGUGGCUUUGCGCAUUUGGUACCGCCUACGCCAGAGACAUGGACGCUCUCAUUACCGCACCGGACGCAAGUCGUCUACACACCCGAUUACAGCUAUAUCCUCCAAAGACUGCGAGUACGGCCAGGCGACCACAUUAUCGAGGCAGGCGCGGGGAGUGGCAGCUUUACACACGCUUCGGUGAGGGCAGUAUACAACGGGUACCCAGGGCAACAAGAGACCUCCAACGGCACCGAAGAGCCAGACGAAGAAGCAGUCGGCGUGACCAAGAAGCGCAAGCGCAGCAAGCGUCACGGCGGAGUCUACAGCUUCGAAUACCACGAGCCACGCGCAAAGCAGCUCCAAGUCGAAAUCAAAGAACACGGCCUCGACCCCCUCGUCACCGUAACCCAUCGCGACGUCUACAAUGACGGCUUCUGCCUCGACACCACCAAUGGCCCUGACGCAGACGCGAUCUUCCUCGACCUGCCCGCCCCCUGGCAGGCGCUCAAACAUCUCACGCGCUCGCCCCCAUCCUCUGACGCCCUGAAAUCCGUCGCAGCACAAUCCGACCCUUCAACGCCCCUACCAGAAGACUCGACCACGACCACAUCCACAGACCCCAAACCCUUCCGUACGCCGCUCAACCCCCUCAAACCAAUCCGCAUAUGCACCUUCUCCCCCUGCAUCGAACAAGUCACCCGCACUGUCUCCGCCCUGCGCACCUACGGCUGGCUCGAAAUCGACAUGGUCGAGAUCGCCGCUAAGCGACUCGAAGUGCGUCGCGAGCGCGUCGGGCUCGCCGAAGAAGGCGUACGCGGCGGGAACGCCACACCAGCCAGUGUCCAGGAAGCCGUGCAGCGACUGCGCGACGUCGAAGGCCGAGCCGCCGUGUUCCACAGCCUGCAGAAGGAGAAGCAGGAGGAAGUCAUGCGGCGCGCGGAGGCGCGGAAGAGAGGCGAAGACGUGGAGGUCGGCAAGGAGAAGAAGGUGGGUGGGAAGAAGGAAGGCGUGCCGCCGGGGAAAGCGGAGAGGGUGGAGAAGACGAAGAAAGAGGCGGAGAGUCGGACGUUGUUCAAGGAGGGCAGGUUGGUGCAUCGCACGGAGCCGGAACUCAAGACACACACGAGUUACUUGGUGUUUGCGGUGCUGCCGCGGGAGUGGAGUAGGGAGGAUGAGGAGAAGGCGAGGAAGCAGUGGGGUGCGGGUGGGAAGAAGAAGUGA